GAGCUACACGCAUCAGUGUAAUUGUUUCAUUCAAACAGCAGGGUUCAACAAUGUCUGCGGUUUCAACAAUGGGAAAGAUGAAGUUCGUGUUCAAGAAUGUCGUACAGAUACUUUUACUCAUUGUAGUUCUAAAUGGAGUUGAUUCAGUAAGAAUACCAGGAAAAACAGGAAUUACAAAAAUACAGGAGGCACCACGUUAUCGAUUUCAUUACUAUCUACAAGAUGAUAAAACAGAAGACAAUAAAUCACAUGAAAACUAUAAGAAUGGAGAAAAAGUUCUUAGUUCAUACACUGAAACUAAUUCAAAUGGUGAUUUGCAUAUUGUCAAUUAUCAUGCAAAUAAAUCAAAUGGAUUACCAAUUGAUGUCAAUAAUGAAGCUGGCGCUUCUCCAUUAAAGAUAUCUCUAAAUAACCAAGUAUAUAAACCAGAAAUCUAUGCUUCAAAAGAACCAAUUGGGUCUUCAGAAGUAUCACCAAUUAUUGUAGAACCAAUGAUCAUACAAGAACAGAAAUCUUCUAAAUCAAUGGAAAUGGAUUCCAAAGAUGAAUAUCAUCUUGCAGAAACUACGGACAAAGUUACUCAAUCAACUGAAGAAAUUAGUUCAAAUCAAACUGAAGAUCGUAAAGAUGACAUUAGAGAUGAUCAGUCAACAGAUCAAAUAUUGAUUCAAGAAGAAGAAAUAACAACUAAACCAACAGAAUUUACAGUUCCAUUUACAAAACCACACCCAGUAAACACAGUUGAUUUUAAGUAUAAUGACAAUGAAGCUAUGAAAAAAGAUAUUGUUAAAGUAAUACAAAAUCUUAAUGUAAAUCAGGAACAAUAUGAUCCUCAUUUAAAUUUUAAAAGCCCAUUAUCUGAUAAACCACUUAAAAUAGUUGGUGCAGAUUCCAUGGAAAAAGAACAACAGCAAAGUCAUCAACCAAGCCAUGGACAUUCAAACUUUAAAAGUCAACAAUUAUCAAAUAAGCCAUUGAGAUUAUAUGGAUAUAAUCCAUCAGUUUUCGGAUCAUUGUAUGAUAUGCAUGUUGAUUAUAAUCGACCACCACAAAUCCAGCAGCCGCCAAAUUCACUCAACCAAGGUCAAUUCACAGGGUAUGAAGCACAUAGAGAUGAUGUUAAACCACAGACUUAUGAAAGUUCUGGAAUACAUUUAUCCCAAUCAAGUUCAAUCUUUCAAUCAGAUUACAAAGAAAAUCAAAAAUAUAAUACACCAACAAUAAAAAUUCCACAGCCACUGUAUUAUUACGAUCCAAAUGCAAUGGUAAUGUUACCAAUAUAUACUAAUAUGAUCCCAAAUUCUUAUCCAUUGGUACAAAAUAAGCCACAACCAUCUCAAUCACAAGCGAACUCUGGCAAAAAUAAUUUCAAUUUAAUGCACAUUUUGAGUGGUGGCAGUUUCUAUAAAGGCUCAGAGCAAGCAGAAAGUUCUCAACAACUGACAGUAAAAGAUAUAAUAAAACAAGAAUCCAAUAAAUUGGAAAAAUUGAAACCAACAGAAACACAUGAUAAAUCAAAAACUCCACAAACAGUGAUGUUUUAUUUGAAUCCUGGUGAAUCACAAGUUGAUUUAAAGUCAUUCACAUCCAGCCCUUUACAACUUUCAUAUAAUCAACAAGCACCACAUGAUUGUAAUGGACAAAAUCAUAAGACUCCAGCAGUUAAAUCAGACAAACUACUUCAACCAAUACCACUCUGUUCAGAUUGUGUACCUGCUUUGGGAUUGAUGGGUUUAUCAAAUACAAAACCAGCAGAAAUUCAACAAAAGAAAUCUGUCAUUAGUCCUCAGGUGAUGCCAAUAUGGAAUGGACAAAAUGCCUCAAAAUACAAUUACUUAAUCUUACCCACUCCAAUUACCAAGAAAUAAUUUAAGCUAAUAAGGCUUCUGCCUUAAAAAUAACUUAAAAAUAUGACUGGAUUAUUAACAUUUA